UCAUUCUCAACAAAGCAUCGUGAUCUCUUCUUCAGCAGCAGGUAAUUUCAUCUUGAGUUUGCCAAUCUCUAAUCCAAUCAAGACCCAAUUGUCAGAAGACCCAGUCGGAGUUAAAAGCUUGAUUCUAUAUUAUUUCAGUGUAGGUGAUUUGGGCAUUGAGCCUUUGAUGUGCGGUUCACUGAAGAUGGAUUGAUAUUGAUUAGUAUUUCAGUGCAUGAAACUUCGGGUGUGACAGAAGAUGAGAUAAAGAUAGCUUUCAUUGUGAAUAUGUUGCCAAUGAAUUUAUGCUAUCCACCAACAAGAGCAGGAUAACACACCCAAACUCGAGCUAUUCCCAUCAGCAACAAUUGCAUACUUGGGGACCCAAGUAUUGAAUUGUCUUCUUCAGUCGUAUGGUUUUACUUUUCUUCUGAAUAUCUGAUGUUUCGUCCCAUAUAAUCAGGAGCUCAACACCCUUUGAUGUAUCAGAGUUUUGAAAUAUAAUUUGACAUGCUCGCUUUUCAAUAGAGUAAGAUCUAAAAUUGGAAGUUGAAACCUGUAUCAGACUAAAAGAAGAAUAUGCAGCAGAGAAGAUCAGCAUUGUCAGGGAGGCCUACCGGAACAGAUGGCUCAGAUUUCAACUACCGCAUGGUUGUCGACUCUCGGUAUCAGAAAGUAGCUGAUGGGAAAUCUCGUCUCUAUGCUCUUACUCUCACUCAGGCUUUCUUGCUGCUGAUAGGAGUCUUGUAUACAUAUAUUUUCACUUUCCACGAGGAAGUUCUCAAUGUGAUUGCUAUCUCUUCUACAGCUAUUGGUUUUAUUUCUUUGAUACUUGGGGACAUAGGUCGAAGGCGUAGUCGAGUGACUUUGUUGAAAGUUCACAUGGUUGCAUCAUCUAUUGCAGUGCUACUUUCCAUUGCCUGUGUCACCAAGGGUAAUAUAAUAUUAAAGGUUUUACAAACUCCCAGUAGAUGGGAACUACACAAAUUCAAACUUCUUGAGGCCGCUCAUGCUGCAGUUGGAUUCCUGGUACAAAUAUUUACAGUUGGCACAAUAAUUUCUUUAAUCAGUAACAUGUCUCCACCGAAAAGAACCUCUUAGCCUCAACCAUAUCAAUGGCGCAUCUUGUCAAGCUGUUUUGGUAUUCAAAAAUUACAAUUUGUGGAGGAUAAUUAGAUUUGUUUUCCUAGGUAGUAACUAGUUGCAUUAGGGAUCUGAGUAGAGUGGAAGUUCAUUCGACAAACUUCUUAUGGAUUAGAGAAAUAAUUUGAUUCAUUUAUCGACCUUGUGACA